ACUUGAUUAGGAAAAGGUAAUUUUUAAUGAAAAAGAUGCAAAUUUUUACAAUAGUUGUGCAUUGAUCAUUUUAUAUUGUAAUUGAAUUGCUCUGAUAAUGAUUUCUACCAAGCAAUAAAGAAAAUCGCUGUCAAAUAGAUUUUCGUCUGUACCUUUCAAACUUUGCACCUUGUUUGAAAAAGGACUGUUGAACUAAAUAAUUUUUCAAAAAUGUUUAAGUGUUGCUGAACAUAACUGGGAGUCUUCAGGGCUAAAAAAGACGAUAAAAAAUUAAUAUAUUAUAUACAGAGACUGCUAAUGUGUCUUUUUGUUGAGCAAGAAAAGUUUUCAAAUUAAAAAGUCUCAUUUUUGGCUACUACAAUCUUCGGCAGCCUUUUAUUUAAAAUAAGUAUAUAGUUUUUUCUAAUAACUGAAAUAGCUGAAAACUAAAUAUCUUCAAAAAGGGCGGGAAAAAGAGUUUGAAAGCGAGGCAGAAAUUCGUAUUCGUCAUCGCAAAUUGAAAUAGGACUUUUGGAUACAUGUAAUUCUAAACUUAGCUCUCUCAGUGAAAAAUUUACGAAAUUUGACAAUGCAGAGUCCAUUAGACAUUGAUGAAGCAAUUAACUAUAUCCACUCGUGGGAUCAGUACACUGAAAAAAUGCUGGAGGAUAAUAAGGAGCUGAAACGUCAAGUCUUUGUUUUGACAAAAAGCUGUGAACUGACGAAGAACAACGAGUCUCAGGCUAGGCAAGAGAUCGAGCAGUUACACAAAAUCCUAUCAACUUUGCAGGAAACACUACAUUCUGAACAUAAAAUCAUUGCUGAAUAUGAAGCAAAAAAGGUGGAAACGAAAAGAUGUAAAGAGCAAAUAAGUUCACUUGAAAGACAAAUUCUGCAACAGGAAAAGGAAAUGACUGAAAAAAUCAACGCAAUUAAUGUGUUUAAUGAUAGGGAAAAAGUUGCUCUUAAGAAAGAGUUUGAGGACAAGCUUGAGAAAAAAUACAAAGAAAUGCAAGAUUCGAUUGAUAAAAAAGACAAGAAGCUGAAAGAAUUUGAACUACGCAUUUUUGAUAUACAGAAAGAAAAACAAACGGAGAUAAUGAAGAUAAGGCUCGAGUGUGAUACAAAACUUCAAAAAAUGCAUAGGCCACCAGCUAACGAGUCUCAAGUAAACGUGGGGUCCUCGAUGGUCAGAAACGAUAUCCUGAGAAGAAAAAUGCAGCAUAUCCAAGCAGAAGCUGAAGUAGAAAUACACGCGCUGAAAGAAAAAAUCUCUGAAUUAGAAAAAUCAUUGGAAAAACAACAAUUACAGAAAAAGAGAAAGCUGUAUUUUCAUUCAAAAGAAACCAAAUAUUGAAUUUGUGCUCAGUUGGUUCCAUUUUCAUUGAAAGAAAAUAAAGCUAUUCAAUUGAGAAUUUAGAGUCUCAGCUGAAACAGGGCCUAUUUAUCAAGGGUAGAUCUCCAAAACUACACUCGAGGGGCAAUUUAUGUAGGAGAUUACAUCCAAAACAAAUAAUUUAGAUUAUUUUUACGGAUAAAAACUGGAUUGCUAAUAUAAUAAAAGGAUAUCUAGGACUUUUCGGAUCAAAUAAUUGGAUUUCUAGCAAUGAUAAAUGAGAUUUUCAUAUACUGAUUCGUCCCUCGACUAUUCUCCUUUUUCAAUAAAUGAUUUAUUUAAGAGACUCGUAGCUUUCGUCACAAUUAUUGUAGCAAUAAUUUUUCCCGCAAUUAAGCAUUUGAUCUAAUAUUUUUGUUAGAAUUUAUUUUUGUUAACUAAAGAAGCCUCGCCUAAGUUUCUUCCAAUACCAAACAAGGGUGCUUAUUUUUUCUUCUAAGUUCAAACUUCCAAAAGUGGUAGGGGCCUAAUUAACUAGAUAUACACUACAGUUGAAAUGUUCAAGAUAAGCAAUACUACAUUGUGAGUUGAGAAUUGGAUAUUUUUCGAUAAAUUAAAAGAUACCCGUGCAAUUGUAUUUAUUUUAUCUCAUAUCUGUGAUUUUAGAAAACCUUUUGAUUAUUAUCGUCUUUAGAUUGAAUGGGAUGAGAACAUGAUCAAAAUUUCCAGUUUGACUUGACUAUGAUCCUGACACGGCAAAUGUAGUACCAAACUAUAAAGUUAAUGUAACGGAAAAAAGUUUGUUUCGUUUCUCUAGAUGCUUGAUUUUGCUACCCUAUAAUUUUGUCUCUACAAACGAGAAGGAAAGUGAUUGUGAAUUUGUAUUUACUAAAUUUAAUUGUUUUUGAAAUUCUAUUUCACUACAUUGGAUUCUCGCCGUCGUGUUGCUUUUUUCCUGACUAUCUUUUGUAUUAAUACUCAUUGCAAAAUUCACAGAACCCGGCGGACAGCAUACUCUGCAUUUCUUCCUUCUUACACAUUUUAUGGCCUAAAAUCCUUUUCUCAAACUCUGUUCCCUAUUAUAUAAGGUAAAUUAAAAGAAAAAAGUCACACUGAGGGCGAAUCUUGAACAUUUUUUAAAUGUAUUUUAAGAAUAUCGGUUGUUUACAGUUAAGUAAUUUAGAGUUUGUUUUUUAAUUUAUCUGCGAUCGGUAUUUUUCUUAUUUAAAGGAUGUUCUCUAGAUAUUCUCCGAUGCAUUAAUGUCCCCUUUCUAAGUCUUGAAAAAGCUGUCACGGCUACAAAGUGUUACCAAGAGUUUCUUUAGCUUUGUUAUUAUUCGAUAAAAUAAAUCGAUGAUUGAAUCAAAGUAGGAGUAUCCAAGUGGGGCUAUUGAAGCAAGUGUAGUAGGUUCCAUUGGUUCCUUGAAACAGCCUUUUGUUUUCAGUUUGAAGAUCAUUUUGGAUUCAUAUCAACAAAAUAGAAUUUGUGCUUACCUGUCUUUUUGGUUUCUAAUCGGUAACAUUUACU